AUGCUUGGUCAGAUCUUCGAGAAGUUCGACACCGACAAAGAUGGCAUCCUCAACUUGAAAGAGUUCAACGAGCUCCAGGUCAGCACCGAAGGUGGAGAGGCCAUGUACAACAGCGACCAGCUCAAGCAACUGCUCAUCGCCGUGAAUCCUGACGUGAAGGCUCCAGAAAAAGGCAUGCCUUUCUCAGACUACCGCAGACUCUACUUGGAGGGUGGCCUGCGACGGGUAACCUCCUCCUGCCUGUGUGCUGCUGGACUCUGCAUCCUAGCCGCUUGCUGUGUUUUGCACUGCAGAGCCGUGCACGAUAAUUGCAGCCACUUCGGCUGCAUUCAGUGGAACUCAGCACACAUGAACCGGCUUCAAGCUCUCAGCACAUGUCUCACGGCCAACAUGGCAAACAAUGGCUCUGCAAGAGACACCUGGAUGAGUUGCAGUGACACAGCGAUGGCUUGGCAUCCUUGGCGUGAUGGCGGCCGAUUCACAGAGCUUCCAGCGGCGCACCUCCCCACGCAGGUUGCAGCGUUGCUCAUGCUGGCCUUGCAGGGGAAGGUCGCUGGGAUGGUGCCGCAGCUUUCGUUCCUGAUGCCGAGGUGCUAG